AUUUAUCAACUCCAUCAUCAAUGAUAGUAGUGCGAAGUACCAAGGUUAACAUUUUGGAAUUAAAAAAUAUACAUGAAAUUGAAAUUUGGGAUGCAGUGGACACGAGUGCUAGUGCUUGCUUGCGCGCUUCUUGUGUGCGCCGUGGACGCCGUCUCCGAAAUUGAGCAGCUGAGACACGAGUUGAACCAGGCAGUUAGCGAAAUUGGUCGGGUGUCGUCCGCGCUGGCCAUGAUUGAAGGCCGGACCGAUGCGGCGCGCACGGAGCUACUGCGGGAGGUUGGGGCUCUGGACAGGGACGUAUCGACUCAUUCAAAGGACAUCCGGGCAGUGAAAACCGUGAUGAACACAUUGGUGGAAGACAACGUAAAAAUGCAGGGCAACCUCAGGGCUAUGCAUGGUAUGGACACUGACCUGGGUUACGUGCGGGCAUCUGUAGAACGGCUCAAGGGUGAGAUGGCGGAGCGACUCGAGAUGAGUGGCGCUCGUCUCAACACGCUAGAGGGGAAACUCGACAAACAGGCGGAUUCACAGCAGAGAAUCACCGUUAUGAUGAGCGGUCAGAUGCAGAAAAACAAGGAGACUUUGGAAGGCUUGAAGUCCAAACUCACGGAGGAGACAGAGGGCAUGCGGGACUACUUUGAAUCCAAGUUCGGCGGCCUACAGCGCAAGGUCGAAGACCUACAGAGCAGGCUCGACUAG